AUGGCUAAGAUGAAUUGUCAUGGUAGUUUAGGCUUGAAAACCAUCAUAUUUUUGUGGGUAGCAAAUUUUUUUGUUUCUACCUGCAUUAUUACGGAGGGAAGACAUAUAUCAAAAGAAGAUUACUUGAAGGCAAAACGAUCAGUGAAGUGUUCCCGUCGUCCUACCAUUAAAAGCAUUCAUCUUGAAGAUGGAGAUAUCUAUGAUUGUGUGCUCAUAGAAAAACAACUUGCUUUUGAACAUCCUGCUCUUAAGAACCAUAUAAUUCAGUUGAAGCCAACUUCGAUCCCACAGUUUGUGAAGAAUGAUAAAAGUUCAAACCAUACUCAUCCAUAUAUAGGACUCAAAGGUGGAGUGGGCUCCGGUCCGGUAACAGCGUCUGGAGAAUUUUGUGGAACCAAAGGAUUACUUAAUGUAUGGAAUCCCAGAGUCAAGGCUGCUGACCAAUUUAGCCUUUCUCAAUUAUGGGUUACCAAUGGGGGUAAUGAGACCAUUGAAGCAGGAUGGCAUGUUUAUCCACAGUUGUUUGGUGGUGACAAUAGAACUAGGCUCUUUGUAUAUUGGACGAACGAUUAUUAUCAACAUACUGGGUGCUACAAUCUUGUUUGCCCUGGUUUUGUGCAAGUGAGCACUAAAGUACCAGUUGGUGUUGCAUUGGAACAAGUUUCCACUUAUCAAGGAAAUCAAUAUGGAAUGGAUAUCACUGUAGUCAAGCUUGAGGAUGGGGAUAUCUAUGAUUGUGUGCCCAUAGAAAAAGAACUUGCUUUUGAGCAUCCUGCUCUUAAGAACCAUACAAUUCAGAUGAAGCCAACUUCUAUCCCUGAUUUUGUGAAAAAGGAUGAAAGUUCAAACCAUACUCGUCCAUAUAUAGGACUCAAAGGUGGAGGAUGUCCAGUUGGAUCAGUUCCAGUUCGAAGGCUUCAAAUUGAAGACAUUUUAAGAUCUCCUUCAGUUAAAUCUUUUGGAAGGAAAAAUUCUGUUAUCUGGGCUGCGGUAGAAGCGUCUGGAGAAUUUUAUGGAACCAGAGGAUCACUUAAUAUAUGGAAUCCAAGUGUCAAGUCUGCUGGCCAAUUUAGCCUUUCUCAGUUAUGGGUUAUCAAUGGGGAUAAUGAGAUCAUUGAAGCAGGAUGGCAUACUGACAAUUAUGAUAAGACUGGGUGCUACAAUACUUUGUGCCCUGGUUUUGUGCAAGUGAGCACUAAAGUAGCAGUUGGUGUUACUUUGGAUCAAGUUUCCACUUACCACGGACAUGAAUAUGAAAUGGAACUCACUGUCGUCAAGGAUGCAAAGACAAAGAAUUGGUGGAUAUACUAUUCGAAAGAACCUGUAGGUUAUUGGCCAAGCAGUUUGUACAAAGGUUUAGGAAGCGGUGCAGCAAAUGCGGUUAACUGGGGAGGUGAAGCUUUGAGCCCAAACACCAAAGGACAAUGGCCUCCAAUGGGUAGCAGUCAUUUCCCCCUUACAAAUGGAGAUAACAUUGGUAAAAGUUGUUUCAUUUCGAACAUCCAAAUUUCCAAGAAAGACUCCUCCUGGGAUAAUUAUCCUCUUAAUGCUACGGUGUAUCAAGAUGCACCUCGUUGUUCUAUUCUGGAGGGAAGGCAUAUAUCAAAAGAAGACUACUUGGAGGCAAAACGGUUAAUGAAGCGUUCCCGUCGUUCUAGCAUUAAGAGCAUUCAUCUUGAGGAUGGAGAUAUCUAUGAUUGUGUGCCCAUAGAAAAACAACUUGCUUUUGAACAUCCUGCUCUUAAGAACCAUACAAUUCAGUUGAAGCCAACUUCUAUCCCAGAGUUUGUGAAGAAUGAUAAAAGUUCAAACCAUACUCGUCCAUAUAUAGGGCUCAAAGAUGGAGGAUGUCCAAUUGGAUUAGUUCCUGUUCGAAGGCUUCAAAUUGAAGAAAUAUUAAGUUCCCCUUCACUUAAAUCUUUUGGAAGGAAAGAUUCAGCUAUCCCAUCAGAACAUCGUUGGGCUGUGGUGAGAGCAUCUGGAGAUUUUUAUGGAACCAGUGGAGUCUUUAAUGUGUGGAAUCCGAUUGUCAAGGCUGCUAACGAAUUUAGCCUUUCUCAGUUAUGGGUUAUCAAUGGAGGGGUUGAGACAAUUGAAGCAGGAUGGCAUGUUUAUCCACAAUUGUUUGGUGGUGACAAUAGAACUAGGUUUUUUGUUUAUUGGACGAGCGAUACUUAUAAAAGUACUGGGUGCUAUAAUCUUAUUUGCCCUGGUUUUGUGCAAGUGAGCACUAAAACACCAGUUGGUCUUUUGGUGGAUCCAGUUUCCACUCUUCAAGGAAACAAAUAUGAUUUUAGUCUCCGUGUCGAAAAGGACGCAAAGACAAGCAAUUGGUGGAUAUACUAUCAGGAUGAAGCUGUAGGUUAUUGGCCUAGCAGUCUGUACAAAGGUUUAGGGAGCGGUGGAGCAACUAGGGUUGACUGGGGAGGUGAAGUUGCGAACCCAAAUACCAAUGUGGAGUGGCCUCCAAUGGGUAGUGGUAAUUUCCCUGAUAAAAAUGGAGCAAACUAUGCUAACAGUUGUUACAUUUCGAACCUCUCGAUUUUCCAGAAAGACUCGACUUGGGAUGAGUAUCCUCUUAGUCCUGAAUUAUUUAUAAGUAAAUCUGAGUGCUAUAACAUAGUUGAUUACGGAUGGAUUGAUACUCAACGUAGAAGAGUUAUCUCAUAUGGUGGACCUGGUGGUUCAUGUUAA